AUGGAUCUGAGUUUUAAACCAUUACGAAACCAGAAAGCCCAUCCUGGACUGAGGACAAGUCAGCAGUUUCUGUUCGGCCUCCAAUCUUUGUACUGUAAGAAAUCCCGGCAGGAGACAUUCUCAUUGAAGUCAGAUUGUAAGCCGCUGAUUAGCAGCUUCCAAGUCGUGCAUUUUGAAUUCAUGGUGGCCCUAAUUAGCAGCUUCCAAGUCGCUCAUUUCAAUUCCAAUCCGCCGCAGCAGAAUCUCCGGCGCAACCUGCUGCAACAUCACCGGCGGACAAGUCUGAUAAGGUGUGGAAUCGCGGAGGCAUCAGGACAGCCGGCGCCAGUCGGGCAGAAAACCAAGUACAAUGAUGGGUUGUUCGAGAAGCUGUUCAUGACACUUUUCGCGCGGAAGAUGGAGAAGUUUGGGGCUCCGGCGAAGGCAGGGGACGCCGGCAAGGAAAAGGGAUGGCUGGAUUAUAAUUACGAAAGUUUCGUGGAUGCGUCGAAGAAGGUUAUGCAAGGAAGGAAUCGCAUCCAGCAGCAGCAGGUGGUUCGCCAGGUUCUCCUCUCCAUGCUCCCGCCCGGUGCCCCAGAACAGUUCAGGAAAUUGUUUCCUCCUACGAGGUGGGCUGAAGAGUUCAAUGCCGCACUCACAGUGCCAUUCUUCCAAUGGUUAGUUGGACCUUCAGAGGUUAUUGAAGUAGAGGUAAAUGGAGUGAAGCAAAGAAGUGGAGUUCUUAUAAAGAAGUGCAGGUACCUUGAGAACAGCGGGUGUGUGGGGAUGUGCGUGAACAUGUGCAAGAUUCCUACCCAAGAUUUCUUCACCAAUGAAUUUGGGCUCCCGCUUACCAUGAAUCCAAACUUUGAGGACAUGAGCUGCGAAAUGAUUUAUGGCCAAGCUCCACCAGCCUUCGAGGAUGACCCGGUUGCCAAGCAGCCUUGCUUUGCUAAUAUAUGUGGCACACGAAGCAUUUUGUUCUGUUCCCCAACUCAGUUUUGUGAAUCUGCUCGGGAUAAGAUCAGUAGCUGCAACUCUACUACGACGGAUGCAGAGAGCCUGGAUAAGGGCUCUCAUCCUUGUAUCGCUGAUGUUCAAUUAGAUGCGUUCACCCCUCAGGAUUAUGCCGACGCACUUGACAAGUCAAUCCUGUUCUUUGAAGGUCAAAGGUCCGGCAAACUGCCCGCCGACCAGCGGCUGACCUGGAGGGCCGACUCUGGACUCUCCGAUGGCUCCACUUACCAUGUGAACCUUGUGGGAGGAUACUAUGAUGCAGGGGACAACGUCAAGUUCGGGCUCCCAAUGGCAUUCACCACCACAUUGCUUUCCUGGAGCGUGAUCGAAUUCGGGAGCUCAAUGGGGAACCAAAUUCAUAAUGCCAAGUCUGCCAUUCGAUGGAGCACUGACUACCUUCUCAAGGCCGCCACUGCAACUCCUGAUACGCUUUACGUUCAAGUUGGAGAUCCUAACAUGGACCACAGAUGCUGGGAGAGGCCUGAAGAUAUGGACACCCCACGCACUGUCUACAAAGUAACUGCUCAAAACCCAGGAUCGGAUGUAGCUGCAGAGACCGCUGCUGCUCUUGCAGCAGCCUCAAUUGUGUUCAGAGAUUCUGACCCUCAUUAUUCAUCCAAAUUGCUUGGAACGGCCAUGAAAGUUUUUAGUUUUGCAGACAGGUACAGAGGCUCUUACAGCGAAUCCCUCAGCUCAGCUGUCUGCCCAUUCUACUGUUCUUACUCUGGAUACCAUGACGAGCUUCUGUGGGGUGCAUCAUGGCUCCACAGAGCGUCACAAAAUGCGUCCUACUUGAACUACAUCCAAUCCAACGGUCACACUCUGGGUGCUGAGGAUGACGAUUACUCCUUCAGUUGGGACGACAAGCGACCCGGCACCAAAGUCCUUCUCUCCAAGGGAUUCUUGGAAAGCAGCCAACCAGAAUUCCUAACGUUCAAGUCACAUUCAGACAACUACAUUUGCUCCCUUAUCCCAGGAAGUUCCAGUUUCCAGGCACAAUAUACCCCGGGGGGACUUCUGUACAAAGGAAGUGAGAGCAAUCUACAGUACGUAACAUCCACGACAUUCUUGCUCCUGACCUACGCCAAGUACCUGAGCUCGAACGGCGGCGAGACCAGCUGCGGCGGCACAACGGUGACGGCAGAGUCGCUGGUGGCACAGGCCAAGAAGCAAGUGGACUACAUCUUAGGCGACAAUCCUCAGAAGAUGUCUUACAUGGUCGGGUUCGGGGACAAGUUUCCGCAACAUGUGCACCACAGAGGAUCCUCGGUGCCCUGCGUGAAAUCGCACCCGGCUCGGAUUCCCUGCGGCGACGGGUUUCAGUACCUCUACUCUGGCUCGCCAAACCCUAACGUCCUCGUGGGUGCGAUACUAGGUGGCCCGGAUAGUAGAGACGAAUUCGCCGAUGCUCGGAGUAACUACCAGCAGUCGGAGCCGGCGACGUACAUUAAUGCUCCGUUUGUUGGCGCCGUCGCUUUCUUUGCUGCAGCCACGACUUGA